UAGGGAAAAACAGAGCGACAGAGAAUACCAAAAGCCAUGAAUGGAGGAGCCUAAACAACAAGUACCUUUCUUUCAUAACUACUCAUCACUACCAUCUUUAUAACCCUUCACGCCAAUCCCUCUCUUCUACUCAACCCCCACACCCACAUUUCUCCCCAGAUUCUGAGCUUUCGUUUUGCUUAUUCCUAAUGGCGGAUCUCAGCCCCAGGUCUGAGAUCUCAUUCUUGCAGACCUUCCUCUGCAGUGCUUUCGCUGCUUGUUUCGCUGAGUUCUGUACCAUCCCCUUGGACACUGCUAAAGUUAGGCUCCAGCUUCAAAAGAAAGCAAGUGUAGGGGAUGCUGCUGGUGCGCCUAAAUAUAAGGGUUUGUUGGGUACUAUGGCUACUAUUGCUAGGGAAGAAGGUUUAGCAGCACUUUGGAAUGGUAUAAUUCCAGGAUUACAACGACAAUGCAUCUAUGGAGGCUUGAGAAUUGGGUUAUAUGAUCCCGUCAAACUUUUCCUUGUUGGCAGUGCUUUUGUUGGAGAAAUUCCGAUUUACCAUAAAGUGCUUGCUGCCCUAUUGACUGGUGCGCUAGGUAUCCUGGUGGCUAAUCCAAUGGACCUUGUGAAAGUUCGACUACAAGCUGAAGGAAAAUUGCCAGCCGGAGUUCCUAAACGUUACUCUGGAGCUAAAGAUGCUUAUUUGACUAUAGUGAGACAGGAAGGUUUGGGAGCUCUGUGGACUGGGCUGGGACCAAAUGUAGCACGAAAUGCUAUCAUAAAUGCUGCUGAGCUAGCUAGUUAUGAUCAAGUGAAGGAGACAGUUUUGAAAAUUCCAGGGUUCACUGACAAUAUUUUCACUCAUCUCCUAGCUGGUCUUGGUGCUGGUUUCUUUGCAGUUUCUAUUGGCUCUCCUGUUGAUGUGGUGAAAUCUAGAAUGAUGGGAGAUCUAACUUACAAGAACACCUUUGAUUGCUUCGUCAAAACUUUGAAGUAUGAGGGGUUUUUAGCCUUUUAUAAGGGGUUUCUUCCAAACUUUGGACGACUAGGAUCUUGGAAUGUGCUUAUGUUUCUAAUGCUAGAGCAGGCGAAAAAUGUUUUCAGGGUAUAAAUCUGCUUUCCGAAUUGUGACUUUCCACGUACAAGCAUGAUUGCACAGCUUCUACUUGGGAAUCACCUUUAUUGUUAAUGAUUCAUUCUUCUGUUUCAUUUCUCUAUAAUGUACUAUACUGUACUGCCUAUAUAUUUGUAUCAUUGGAUAGAUACUUAUUAUUUAGAAGGCAUGUCAUAGCGUGUAGCCGUGUACCCUCUAGGGGGAAGCAAUUUUAUCCCACUGUACUGAACAUACAGUUACAAAAUAUUUAUCAAUAUCAUUUUCAUAUCCGAGUA